UACAUGGCAUGAUAGGUCGAGAAGCGGCGAGAAGGUUAGUCAGCAUUGCCGUUGUGCGUUAGGUAAACGUUGUGGUGGCGAGAAGUAUAGAAGCUCGUUUAAAAGGAAAUUUAAAUUUAUCUUCUUAAACAUAACGAAAACAAGAGAUAGAAGUGAAAUGGCUCAACAGUCAAGUUCCUAUUCAACUUUAAGUCGAGCACAGUUAACAGUCGAAUAUCUUCAUACGAACAGUACCACUCAUGAAUUCUUGUUUGGGGCGCUUGCAGAACUUGUUGACAACGCACGGGACGCAGGCGCCACGAAAAUGGACAUAUUUUCUGUGCCUAAUAACGACGUUCUUGGAAAACAUCUUCUGUGUUUCUGUGAUGAUGGAAGUGGCAUGGAUCCAACGGAAGUCGCCAACGUUAUCCAGUUUGGAAGAUCCACGAAACGAGUAAUGGAUUCUAAAAUGAUCGGGCAAUAUGGAAAUGGUCUGAAAUCAGGCUCGAUGCGUAUUGGAAAAGACAUGAUCCUUUUUACCAAAAAGCAUGGUACGAUGAGUUGUCUGUUUCUGUCACGCACCUUUCACGAACGAGAAGGAAUUAGUGAAGUCGUCGUACCAAUUCCUUCGUGGGAUGUUGCAACCAAAAAACCGCUUGGAAGAACAAAACGAGAACUUGAAAAACAUGAAAUUGAGCUGAGUAUAAUACUGAAGUACUCACCUUUCAAGACAGAGAAAGAUUUGCUCGAUUAUUUUGACAAAAUUAAAACAAAAGGGACUAUGAUAAUGGUGUAUAAUUUGAAAUUGUUGGAUUCUGGCGAGACAGAAUUGGAGGUCUGUGAUGAUGAUUUUGUGAUGCGCGAGUUACACGAAGAGCAUUAUGAUGAUAAAAGUGUGAUGCCAGAACGUAAAUCGUUCCGGGCCUAUAGCUCAAUUCUGUAUCUCGAUCCAAGAAUGAAAAUCUACAUUCAGAACAAGAAAGUACUCACGAAAAGACUUGGUGACAAUUUAUUCAAACCAAGGAGUUACUUGUUUUCAUCGAAACGAUUCAAAACACGUUCUGAACGAGAAGCCAAUAAGGCGAUGGUAGCUGCUAAGUCUGCUGCGGACAAAGCCAGAGAACUGGAGACGAUCGCUAAGGAACUUCAGGCUGAAGAACAAACACUCUCCAAGGAGUCUCGAGCACGACUGAGGCAAGCCCAGGACAACGCUUUGAAAGCAAGAACCGAAGCGGAUAUAAAGAAUCAUAUUGCCAUGACCAAAAAAAAAUCUUUGAACGAACCUAAAACGCUGACUUUCACCUUCGGUUUCAACAUCAAUCGCAGACAUUCCUACGGCAUGUUUGUUUAUAACUGCAACAGAUUGAUUAAAAUGUACGAGAAAUCAGGCUUCCAAUCCGAUGGCAAGAGAACAUAUGCUGGCAUCGUCGGCUUCGUUGACGUUCCAUAUUUAGUGUUAGAACCUACUCACAAUAAACAAGACUUCGCUGAUGCUAAGGAGUAUAAACAUUUGCUCCGUUCUAUGGCCGACCACUUGGCACAAUAUUGGAAAGAUAGCGGAUUUACAGAAAGGAGUCUUGAUGGAUUCUGGAAGCAAUUUGGUUACAUAUCAAACGAUGUUGAAGAAGAACCGUCGGAUGAGCCUAAAUACGCAAGAAAACGAGCCAUGCAGCUGCCUUGUACCGUACAAUGUGUCAAAUGUCUCAAGUGGCGAACUCUGCCGUUUUCUGCGAAGAACAUCGGACGAACAUUCGAUGAUGAAUGGACGUGUGCUUUAAAUAGUGAUCCUGAACGUAACAAAUGUACUGCACCUGAGCUUAAAUCUAUCAUCCCCGUGGGUAGUCUUAAAAAACAAGUGAAGACAGCCGAGGAAAAACAGCGUGAACUUAUGGACGAUAUAAAGAAAAAGACAGAGAAACUCAAUCAGCUUGAUGUGAGAAACACAGCUACACCAGAUGCGCCAACGAAGCGUGUACUUCAGGUGCCUCCCAGAAGUACGACUACACCUUCACCCAUUCCCACGUCCAAUAGAGGGACAUCACAAACAGUCACUGCCCCCUCAAAGACAAAUAGUAACGCACAGAAAGAACGAACACCUACGACAACCAAAAGGUCUACCCCCUAUAUGGCCCCUAAACCUUCUUCAACUAUGAAGCAAACCAAGGCUGUAAAACCUGUCUCCGUGGCAGUGGGCAGGCUUAGAGCCUCUCCUCCCUAUAAGGAUGCCAAAACUACGUCCGAUAAACCUACAGCUAAACUCACUCCAAUAGCACGACAACCGAAUGUUGAAAACAACAAAACAUCAAACAAUUUAUCAUCCGUCUUGGGAUCCAAUAAACGUGAACAUCCUACGGCAGAGAGAGAGAUUUGCGAGGUGCAGCCGAAGCGAAUGAGAAAAGAAAUCUCUCCACCACCAAAGUUGAACGAAAAGUCCAAAGAAGUUGAUCCAGAUGAAAACAGUGACACGGCCACAAGCGACGGUACCACUGCGUCAUCGAAUCUCUCGAAAUAUAAGAAAGGUGCUGCUGUUGAAGUUUUCAUCUCACCAAAAUGGUACAAGGGAAAGGUUGUGGCUGUCAAAUAUCGUAAAGAAACCAGUGCGAAAGUUAAGGUGAAAUUUGACAGUUAUCAGAAAGAUAAAUACGACAAAUGGUACGAUGAAAGCGACGCUGACAUCAAACUUUUCUCUGAGGAGUACGCGACAUCUGAGGACAGCGGCAAACUGAAGCCUACAACAUUAACAAAUCCAAAAGGGCCGCUUCCAGCUACCUUGAGUGCCCAACGCGAGGCAACCAUAACGUCAUCAGCAAACGAAAAUGCGUCGUUAAAAGAGACGAUUAUCGUUCUAGAUAAAAUGUUAAGAUCAUGUGUAUCUUAUAUCCUUGUGCCCGAGUUUCCGACAACUGGACGUCAACUUGAUGCCAUGUCGUUAGAGUCAUUACAGAACUUUCCUUUAGAUAAACUGUUUGAUGUUCACAGCGACAGCAUGAAGGCGAUGAUGGAUGAAAGAAGCAAUAAAUUAAUGGCGGAGAAAAUAGCUGAGAAAGAAAAAGAGAUAGUCGAGAUCACAAAACGCGAAACCGAAUGUAGGACAAAGCUGUCCGGUCUAAGACGAACGGCGGCGAAACUGAUACGAGCGUUGAACGAGAAUCCUGAGGAUAGUAGCAUUGCACCCGAAGAGGACUCAGAUCAAGUAGAUAUCUUGUUAGAAGCCAUUGCUGAACAAGCUUUGACAAGUGACGCUAUAUGAUUAUGUUGAACUUUCACGGUUGCUUAUUUGGUUUAGUUAGCUAUUAUACGUUUUAUUCAUACAUUGACUUUUUAUAUCUGAAUGCAUGGUCAUUCAUUGGAUGAAAACGUUAAUAAUGUCCACAUACGAACACUAACCUUUGUGUUAGUUUAGUUUUGAUCAAUGGAGUUGAAUUUGUUGGGUUUAGCAUCACAACUAAGUGAAACUUUGUUGUGUUGAGUGAAUUUAAUUAUUUGUAUUUUUUUCAUGCUGAAAUGGGUAUUGUCAGCGGCCCUUUAGUUAUGAAGACGAUCGUUUUUUUAUCCAAAUGAAUUUGUUAUGUUGGCAUGAAAAUACUGUAAAAGUUAUUUUAAUUUGUAAAUAGACACAAAUAUUAUUUUUAUAUUAGAAAAUAAGAGUUUUCAAUCAUCUCAAAAACGUGUAAAUAUACAAAUUUAAAAUAUACAUGUUGUGUCUUUCUGUACAA